GUUGGGGCCGAAAACCCAGCAAUAUGACCCCCCAAAAGAUCCGUUACCCAAUCUCCCUUUCCUUUCUUCUCUUUCUUCCUUUCCCCAACUUCAAAAGACAAAACUGAAACCCCGAAGUACAGAGGCAAACAAGCUGAACACUUCCGCUUGCUUACUGCACCCGAGUUCGCAACUGAUUCGACCCAACUCUGAUUUCCCCCUCUUCUAAUGGCUAUUUACUGAGUGGAAACAAAGACCCACUUCAGGAGAAAAUAUAUAGUAUCCCCCAUUCUUCCCCCUUAAUUUCCAAUUCAAAAACAAUGGUGGCAAGAACCCCACCAAAGCAGAGGAGAUUCAUGGCUGCACCUCCUCUCAACCCUCUCCUUAUUCGGGAAACAGUAAACAAGGUGGAUAAAUGCAUGGCGAGGUUGCAAGAGCUGCAGUACACAGUGACGGGCGGGAACAAGGUCGUUGCUUCCGGAGUUAGUCUGAGCCCCAGGAGUACCAGAGGGUAUCUGAGGACUAGUCUCAGAUGCAAGCAGGAAUCUUUGAGGAUUAAGACCUCUGCAGCAAGGAAAUCCCCCACUGGAAAGCUGCCUGCAGCUGCAGCAGGGGAAUGGAAGAGAAUGUCACUACCAGCAAUGCUACUAGGCGAGACAAUGGGGGAAAUCCUACAAGCAAGCCAAUUCGCCAAACAACUAGUGGCAGCAGUUAACCCUCCUCCUCCCGCCAUUCACCAAGAAGACCCCAAAACUCCCCUGCCACAGCAAAGGAAGAAACCACCGCCGAACUCCCAGAACGACACCGUUCUGAAAUCCAAACGCCAGAAGGAGAAGCAGCACCAGAACAAGCUCAAUUCGAUUCGAUCGGAAUCCGGUUCACCGCCUCCUUCGACCCACCGGCGAGCCCGGUCCAGAAGCAUCAACUUCAAAGUCAUCUCCCCUCCUAGAAAACGAUCCGACAGAGAGAACUUGACCACAACAACCCAUCAUUUGGCUAACAGAGUUUCUCCCAGAAACAAGCCGUGGGGGAAGAAAACAGUUCUGUUCCCAAAUCCUCUGUUCCAUUCUUCCAACAAUGCUGCUGCAACGACGCGACCUCGAUCGCCGCCAAUUUUCUCGAGAACCCAUCAGAAAAGUGCUGCUCAUAAGUUUCUGAUCAAGUCCCCUGUCAAAAUCAGUCCCACGAAAGAUAGAGUUGGGGCGAAAAAGAAGGCUGCCGCCGCUCCAUCGCCGACGAGGUUUUCGGGGACGGCCACGAAGCUGAGGCGGUCGUUUUCACCGUCGAGGAUCGCGAAUAGGUUGGCUUCGCUGUCGCCGUUGAAGGGCGGGAGGAGGAAUAAUGGGAGUGGUGGUGAUGGGUCGAUGAUGGUGAAUGGUAAGGUUAGUGGGUUGAAGCAACGGCCGCAAAUGAUGGUGGCUUCUUCUUUCUCUCCUCGGAGGUUCUCGCUGGGGAGAAUUUGAGGUCGAUGAUGUAGUUUCGUAUGAAUGAUUUGUUGAAUUCUUUUUUGGUUUUGCCUAAUAAUCAAUACAUGUGUUGAUUUGAGUGAUGAAGUUUCCUCCUUUGUGCUGCAGUGUGAUUCUGAUGUGGAUGUAAUUUCUGAUCUGUACAUGUUGAAUUUGAAUGGGAUGAAUAUAGUAUACUAGC